CAUGGUGAAGAUCAUUUUAAUCGAAUACUGAUUACUUCAUAAUCGGAGAUGAUUCGUGUCGAUUUAUUUUUAAGAAAUUAGAUUUGGCUACACUGGAUCAAACCCAAUAUUUUUCUCUCGCGCUACAUAACGAUCGUAUUCCUCUUCCUCCUCCACUCCCCGCUGCCGCUACCGCAACCUCCAAGCCGCCCACAACUCGUCCCCGCACUUGCCCACGCGCCGCCGUUUCAAUCCCAAGUGGGGAUCGGUCCAUCCACAAUUUAAGAGAUUUUCAAUCGUGUUGCACCCGUCAUCGGCAAUGGUGAGAAAGUAAAGGUGUUGAUGGCACUGGUCUCACUGCCAUUGCCAUUGUAACAGGUCUCUUUCUUAUCUUCCUUCGUUAGUCGCUAACUCCAUUAUUAGUUUGACAACGAUUAUGUUUAUAUGGGAUUUCAUGGUCACUUGAAUUAUCUUUAUCCGUUGAUGGUGUUUUUACACCUAUUAAUCUGCUACAAUAACAAAUUCGAAGUGUAGCGAGCACUGGUUUUUGCUAGAGAUUUCAGGAUCUUAGAAUGGAAAUGAUUGCUUUCAUAUUCGACAAUGCAUGAGAGAAAAGGGAGAGUCAAGCCUCUAGGUAGUGCAGUGUAUAAACCAUUCAAUAUGGAAUUAUGCCUUCACUUUGACUUACCAAAAAAGGAGGUGAAUAUCCUGGGCUGUGUCCCAAUGUUUUCCUGAAAGUAUAUGUCUUCACUCGCCUGCUCGGACUUUAGUAAAUUAGUGAAAAGUAUGUACUCACAAGUACAAUGGUAUCGCGAGACACCCUACAUAAUGUAGUAAGUUUAACUUCAUUGAACCAAUUUGCUUAUACACUUCACCGACGAUCUUUAUGAGCAGCAGGAGCCAACAGACAACAAAUCUCUCUAACUUCAGGAAAUAACAUACACAAUCGAGAAGGUGGCCUAUUGCAGAUAGAAGUUGGAUUAUUUGUGUUUUCCCUAUUCAAUCUUUUUUUCAUGUUGUGCACUGCACGGAAGGACUAAUGAUGAUGAGUGAACUAUGUUGGGGAGUGAACUAUGUUGGAUGAGUUCAAGUGGUAUUGGCACCGAAACUGCGUGUUUUUCUUGGGUUUUGUGGUGUCCAUGUAACACUGUCAUCUGUGAAUACUAGGUUUGUAAUCUAAUCAUUCUCUUAUUAUAUAUUUGAUGAUCUGUUUCCCAGCUAACACCAUGCCUGUUAUGGGUUCGACGAAAUGACUCACUGUAUCUUUGAGAUUUUAUGGCUUUGUACGGUGAUAAAAUUGUCAAUGAGAACUGCUUGAGGACUAGAAGAAUUAGCAGGCUUGAACAAAACUUCUAAAAAAAAACAUUCAUUGAAAGUGAAAAAAGAAGGGGAGUGAUUUUUGCACUCCCCAAAUUGUUAACCGCACUCCCCUUGGGAGAAAAUCAAUAUAGGGUUGAUUUUCACACUCCCCAAACUGUUACUUUUGGGUGCAAAAAUCAAUAUGAGUUGAUUUGGGAGUGCGGUUAACAAUUUCGGGAUUGCGAAAAUCACUCCCCAAAAAGAAAAGGAAAAUAAUAGCCAAUAAAUACAAAGCAUUAGCCAUGCGUUUGGACAACUCAAGUUGUAGCAUCUAAACGGCCUAUUGUUCAUCACUUGUUAAAGUCACAACCCAUUUUCUGCUAGGAAUUCAAGAACUUGGAAAUUGGAACUUCCUCUCCAAAUUGUAACAUAGUUGGGCAUUUACCAAGUAGCUGAUGCUAUACUUCCGAAAGGGGUCACGAUGCUUAACUAAAAACCCUUGUUGAUUAGAGUUGUUGUUUGGCUAAUUUAUUGGGGGAAGGAUAGAAUAGAGCCUCUGUUGUCUAACCAGUUUCAUUUGACAAAAUAAAAAUAAACAUGCACGGGUGAUACAUACUACGGAAAAUUAUUGGGUGUUACUGGCGUGGUGUCCUAACAUCCUCUAUCACCAAACAUUCAUGUGGAGUCCACAACUGAGUGUAUGGGCCCACCCACGUGAAUGUGUAAUGGUGAAGGUUAUUGGGGCUCCACAUGGCAUGCCUCAGACACCUAAAAAAUCACUCAAUAUUAUGUGUUUAUGUAUGCGGUCAAUCAAUGAUCAUCAAGCGUGUAUUGAACUAGCUACAACCUCACCUAAGAAAGUUUUGAAGGGUUGCCAUUUGGUCUUCAGGUCAUGGGGUAAUCCUUUAAAUUUUAAGAAAGAAAAUAAACGUUGCUAACCAAAUUACCUGAGGGAAAUUAGCUCUCAUUGCCAAUUGAAUGUUGUUAUCCCCUUUCUGCUUACAUGAUUGUAAUUGUGUGCUUUCAAAACCCUCAUAACCCUAUCAUAUAUAGCUGGACAUCCUUGUAUAUCUGGUGGAAAUUGAAGCAUUUAAGUUGGACAAUAGUUCUAAUCUUCUUUUCAAAAUCCUUGGCAAUGAGAGCUAAAUCCUUUGGGGGAAAAAAGCAUGGUUCUCUCUAGAUAAAAUGGGUGCAUACUUAUGUCUUAAAAAGGCCAAGUGUUUGGAAAGCCAAGAUUCCUAAUUAGGCUUCUUGGACUAUAAGAAAACUUCUUAAACUUAGAGAUGUUGCUCAACCUUGGAUUAAGUACAUUAUAGUGGAUGGUUUAUCCACAUUUGUUGGGUUGAUAAUUGCCAUACUUUGGGUCCUCUUUACCAGAGAUUUGGGGAUUCCAGGGAAUUUAAUGUAGGCAGGUCCUUGUCUGCCAAGGUGGUAUCGAUCAUCCACAAUGGAGAAUGGAACCAAGAAGUUACCGGGGAAAAUUGUGGCAAAUACUGAUCCGUUUCUGAUUCCUUAUGUCUCUGAUUUUGUGAGGCGGAUUCUUUGCAGUUCUGGGGUAUAUAGAGCUAAGUGAUGUCAGCAUGGUAGGCCUUGAGAGAGGUUUUCCCUUUAGCUCAUGGGCUAAUGUGUUUGGUUUACUCAUCACAUUCCGCCAUGGGCUUUUAUAGAAUGGCUUGCUUUUUUGAGGAGACUAUCCACCAAGGACAAACUUCAUAGUUGGGGUUUGGCUGUAGAUAGAAGAUGUUUGCUCUGCCAAGUUGGAGGUGAAACUAAUGACCACUUGUUCUUUGCCUGUUAGUAUUCUGGGGCAGUAUGGAAUUUGCUUAUGCAAAAGAACAAUGGUGAUCGUCCUUGUACUGGGAUGGAUGGAGAGAUGGAUUGGGUUGUUGCUCAUAGGUCCAAUGAUUCAUGCUCUAGCAGGUGUAUAGGCUGUCUAUGGCUGCUUCCAUCUAAUGGAUCCGGAGGGAGAGAAAUAAGAGGCAAUUUCAUGGUCUAGUGUCUCUGCUUCUGCAUUGGGGGUUCUGAUUAUAGAGGAAGUAGCUUGCUUAAGCUCAUGGAGGAGAUUGAAGUCUUGUGAUGCUAAUAGGUUUUUGGCUAGGUCAUGGUGUCUUAGCUCGAGAAUCUUCAGUCCUUCGUAAUUUGCUAAACUGCUGCUCUGUCGUUGUUUUGCUUUCGUAGGUAGCUAGGAGUGAGAUAGCUUUGGUCUGAUGUUCUGUAAGUUGGGAUUUCCCGGUGAUUUUGGUUUGUUUGCUUUAUAAAAUGGUUAAUUCACCAAAAAAAAAUGGUUGGCAACAUUAUGUUUCUUACCUAAAAAUAUUAUCCCUCAUAUCAUUCUCGUCAAACACCUCAUAUUUGCGGCAACAAUUGGUCUAAAUAACAAAAAGCAUCGACUGAACUACUGAAUUAAAUUGUGAAUCUUUCAUUCUCAUGUCAGUUGAAUUACUCUCAAGUCUCAAGCGAUUACCCCAAUUUGUGGUCCAAGUGUCUUAUUUUUAGUUCCCCUCCAGUUUCCCAUAUUUUUUAGUUCCUCUAAUAUUAAGUAAUUCCAUUUUCAUUUAGAACUUAGUUGGACGAUCGUAUUUUAUUUGGAUAAGUUUAUGUGUAUAGAGAAUCUAAGUGAAUCAUAGGUGAAAUAAAACUUGGUGGUGGAAUAAAAGCUGGUAUAAACUAUAAAGAAAGAGGAAUACUACAGAAAUCCUAAAAAACAGAAAGAAAGUAAAGGGAAAUCACUUGUAAGUUCCAAGUUAGGUGAUUUAUGCUCUCCUGGAUUCCUCCAGGUAGUGUAGAUAUACAUAGGUGUUAUAUUUUUGUCACAUCUUCAUCAAUCUUGAUGUGAUCCAGCUUCAUCAGUAUCUUGUCGACAGCCUUGAUGAACUUGGGUCUAUCACUGAUGAUGCACCUGAGCCACACUGGAAUACCCACUCAAAACCCUCAGAAACAAACAAACAAAUAUAAAAAAAAAAAAGGUCUUUUAACUUCUUCUCAGGAAAACGAAGCCACCUGCUCUUACCAAUCCUCUUAGGUGUAAGCCACUAGGGUUGAAUAGCCAUGCAAAGAGAAAGCUGGCAAAAAAUGUGGCAACCCCCAACCCUCCCUCUUUUCCUAUAAAAAACCCACGUUCUCCACUCCCCACUUCACGUCAAAAACCCAUAAAAGCAACUGUUUGCAACAAUGGCUAAGGCUUCCCUGCUCUGUGUUUCCCUUUGUUGUAUUGUUCUGUUUUCUUGCUCUGUUGCUUUCGGGCAGCAAGAAGCCCUUGCUUACGGGCAGCAAGGAGGCCGCUGGGGGGAGCAAGGGCAGCGCGGACAGAGGCGGCAAGGUGAUUGCCAGCUCAACAACCUGAAUGCCCAAGAACCACAGCACCGUGUCCAAGCCGAAGCUGGGGUGACCGAGUUCUGGGACUGGAAUGAUGAUCAGUUCCAGUGCGCCGGUGUCGCUGCUUGCCGGAGUAUCAUACAGCCCAGAGGCCUUUUCUUGCCUGCUUACACCAACGCCCCAAGCCUCGUCUACAUUCUCCGAGGUAGGGGAAUUCAAGGGGUGAUGAUGUCUGGUUGUCCCGAGACCUACCAAUCAUCCGAACAAUCUGAAGGAGGAGGACGACGAGAAGGAGGAGGCCAGAGGUUCCGCGACCAGCAUCAAAAGAUCCGCCGCUUCCGAGAAGGUGAUGUUAUUGCAUUGCCUGCCGGAGUGGCACACUGGUGCUAUAAUGACGGUGAUAGUGAACUUGUCGUUGUUAUCAUGGAAGACCUUGGCAACCACCAAAACCAGCUUGACAACAACCCCAGGAAAUUCUUCCUUGCUGGAAACCCACAACAACAAGGACAACAACAGCAACAAAGAGAAUCAUACCGCCAUCGCCAAGGACAGGAACAGAACUUCGGAAAUGUUUUCAGCGGUUUUGACACUGAGGUCUUGGCAGAAGCGUUUGGCGUGGACAGGGAGACCGCGAGGAAGCUUCAGGGGCAAGACGACAACAGAGGCCAUAUCAUCAAAGUGAAGGGUGAUCUUCAAGUACUGAGGCCAUCAAUGAGUCUCGAGGAGCAGGAAGAACGAGAAAGAGGGAGGGAGUACGGCCGCCGUGCCAAUGGCUUGGAAGAGACCAUUUGCAGCGCAAGACUUGUCGAGAAUAUCAAUGAUCCAUCACGCGCUGAUAUCUUCAACCCAAGAGCCGGGCGCCUCACCACCGUCAACAGCUUCAAUCUCCCCAUCCUCAACUUCAUCCGUCUCAGUGCAGAGAAGGGAGUUCUCUACAGGAAUGCUCUGAUGCCACCACACUUUAAGAUGAAUGCCCACUGCGUACUCUAUGCGACAAGGGGAGAAGCCCAGAUGCAGAUCGUAGACCAGAGGGGACAAGCAGUGUUCAACGACAGGAUCCGCGAGGGACAGCUAGUGGUGGUGCCACAGAACUUCGUCGUGUCGAAACAAGCUGGAGACGAAGGGUUCGAGUGGGUGGCAAUGAAGACCCACGAGAAUGCCAAGUACACCGCUCUCGCCGGUCGCACCUCCGCCUUGCGUGCCAUGCCCGUGGAUGUUCUGGCCAACGCGUAUCAGAUAUCCAGGGACGAGGCCAUGAGGUUGAAGAUGAGCCGGGAGGAGACGAUGUUGAUGGAGCCACGUAGGUCUAUGAGGAGGGAUGUCGCUUAAGCACUAUGUUGGGGGGUUUAAAAAAAAAAAAAAACCUUCUUUUUUUCCUUUCCAAAAAAAGAAGUUUUGUUUUUGCUACGUACUACGUUUGCAUGGUUUAAAAAAUAAAAAGGGUUUUUAGAUGGCCAUGUACUUAUUUGUUAAGGUGGCCAUGUAUUUUCUUAUGGUAAGAGAGUAAUAGAAAGCUUAUCGAUGGCUUUUGUAAUACUCCUAUUUGCUUAUGUUUUUUCUAACUAUAUAUGUAGGGAAAUGCUACAUGCAUGUAUGAAUAAUAAACGAGUACUAUGUGCUUUUGGGAAUGCGGAAUGCUUGUUUCGUUUGUAUAAUC